GUGGGCCAGGGCUCCGCCCUUUGUGAUCAUGUUGUCUUCGUUGCAGGUGAGGCCCGAGAGAUAGUACAGAACGGGCACCUUUUCUUUGCCCGUGAGCGCUGCGUCCGGAAGGUAAAUGUUGAACGUCAUUUUGCUUUGCGUUGCUGUCGAUUGGUGCAUGUACUUGUGCACUUCGCCAUGGAAGCACCGGCUCUUGGAAACAAGCUCAGGGGCUGUCAUUUUGUUAUUUUCCUGUGUAGAAUUCAAGCGUAUAAAAAGCAGCGAGAUAACCGAAUCGAAAGAGAAAGGGCGUCGGGGGUUUCUUUCACAGCAACGGCCAUCCGCUGUGUUUUUUUGCGUGUGAUCAGUGUCGUCACACGCUCUCCCCUCCUUGGCCCUCAUUCUCCUGAUUUCGACUUUUUUUGUGAAUUUCUUUUUUCUACAAUGACAGACACAGGCACGCCGGAAGCAGAGGAGCACCACCACAAUGACAGCGACCAGCACUCCGAGCUAGACGCCGCCAUAACCUUCAAAACCACCGCGCUCGCCGACCACACAGCCGACCACACAGCCGACCACACAGCCGACCUCGCCACCGACUCGUACCUGACAGCAAACCUGCGCAACCACGUCGUCAACACGCUGCGCGAAUGGUAUGUGCUGGCCACCGACAGCAUCAGCACAUUGCUGGAGGGCCGGGUGCUCUCGCCGCAGCCAACCGACCUCUGGCUGCUGGGCCGGCGGUACGAGCUCACACCAGCCACCAGCGAGCCGGAGCCGGAGCCGGAGCCCGGCUGGCUGACGAAUGCGUAUCCGGAGGCGGUUCUGGCAGACUUCCGGCGGCUCAUCUGGUGCACGUACCGGUCGCAGUACCCGCCAAUUGCACCCUCGGCCUUCACCAGCGAUGCCGGCUGGGGCUGUAUGCUGCGGGCCGGCCAGACGCUCCUGGCACAGGCCCUGCAGUUGCAUUACUUCGGCCGCGACUGGGCAUUCGACUGGGGGGACGAAGAGAAGCAGACAAAGUACGUGAGCAUUGUGCGGCAGUUCUUCGACGACUUUGCGCCCAGCAGCGUGUUCUCGAUCCACCGCAUGGCGUCGCGCGGCAAGCAGCGCGAGGGCAAGGAUAUCGGCCAGUGGUUCGGGCCCUUUGGUACCGCCGCCGUCAUCCGCGAACUGGCCAUGGACGCACAGCACGAGCUGCGCAUCUACACGACCACCGACGGCGUCGUCCAUCUGGCCGACCUCUGCCAAGACGACUUCCAGCCGACGCUGAUUCUGGCCGCGUCAAUGCUGGGCACCGACCACAUCAACCCGCUCUACUACCCGUUCAUCCAGGCCGCCCUGACGCUGCCGCAGUCCGCGGGCAUCGCCGGCGGCCGCCCCAGCUCCGCCCUGUAUUUCGCCGGCUUCUCGGGCGACGAGCUCGUCUACCUCGACCCGCACUACACGCGCCCGGCGGUCGCCCGCCGCCCCGACGACCACUACAGCCAGAGCGACCUGGAGUCGUAUAGCUGCGAUUCCCCACGCCGCAUCCCCCUGCCGCGCAUCGACCCCUGCAUGGUCUUUGGCUUCUACUGCCGCGACCUCACUGAGCUCAUCGACCUGCGUGCUCGCAUCGACAUGCUGGCCGAUGAGGGCAUGCUCGCCAUUGUCUCGUUUGACAACGACUUCUCGCCCGCCCAGCCCAACGUGCUGCCAGAGUCCGACGGCCCGGAGGACGCCGGAGGCCCCAGCGACGCCAGCGAGGUCGUGCUCGACCCUGACUCAGCCAGCGAUGAAGAGUGGGUCACCGAUCUCUAGUGCUUGUCUAUUUUUCGUUUUUGCUACAUUAUAUUUCAAGCUUUCCUAA